AUGAAGUACUCUUUGAUUGCAGCUGCUCUCGGGACUGAGACCGUCACAGCAUUCCCUUUCGUGACCAAUAUGCCUGGUAUCGAUUCGACGCUUCUUCGUAGCCGACCUAAACGCCAGCAAUCUGGGGGUACCUUCAACGAACUUGACGCCCAACAAAAUUUGUACAGCGUCGGAUACGGCCUCGCAACCCUCCUUGCUCUGCUUGGUUUGACUCUCACUGAUGGUGAUUUGAAAACGGAGAGACUGUCCAUCGGCUGUAAUGCUACCACCCAAGCGUCCUUCAACCCAGCCCCAACGGGGAGUGAGCCUGGCCUGGAGGGUCACAACAAGAUCGAGGCUUACACAUCGCUCACUCGCGACGAUUACUUCCUGGGUAAUGGCAACAACUUUUCCUUCAACAGCACCCUCUUCAGGAGGAUGACUGAGACAACUGGCGGUCUCUACAAUCGAGAUGUGCUGGCCAAAUAUCGAUACCAACGGUAUCAACAGAGCUUGAAGGACAACCCAAAGUUCUACUUCGGUCCUCUAUCCCUGCUCCUCUUCGGUGCUUCUUCCUUCCUUUACGAGUUCAUGCCGUCCGGACCCGACUACAUCCCUAAUGAAGCGACCAUCUCUUCUUUCUUCAGUGCCGAAAAGCAAUCGGACGGAUGCUACGCCUUCAAAGAUGCUGUGCGGAUUUCACCAAAUUGGACAAACCGCGUCUCACCAUACAGCAGCGGGGACGUCACUGCCGAAAUUCUUUGCUUAGGCGAUGCGAAAAGGAGUUGA